AUGGCUUCCACUGUUUGUGGUUUUACAUUAAUUUUGUUCAUCGCUGCCGUAACAAGUGGCGUUUCGGCCGCUGCGUCUACCUCUUUCGCCGGAAGAAAGAUUUUCAACGUCCGAAAAUACGGUGCUCGCAGUGACGGCAAAACAGAUAAUGCUAUUGCGUUUACAAAAGCGUGGAAAGAAGCGUGCCAAUGGAAAGGAAACCCUAGUGUGUACGUACCAUUCGGAACCUUUUACCUCGGUGGUGUGACCUUCACGGGACCAUGUAAAAGCCGGAUCAGUUUCAUCAUCAAAGGAACUUUGUUAGCUCCUAAAGAAGCUAACGCCAUCAAACAAGACACGUGGAUCAUUUUCAAGUAUGUUGACUAUCUCACGGUCUCAGGCGGUGGCACUCUUGACGGACAAGGAAGCUACUCUUGGCGACUCAACGAUUGCAGCAGAAACCCUAAUUGCCGGCCUCUACCUAUGAACAUUGGGUUCCAGUUCGUGAGAUUCUCGAGAAUCAACCGCAUCAAAUCGAUCAACAGCAAAAUGGGUCACAUCAACUUCUUCGCUGUCGAAUACUUUGAGGUCUCACGCGUCAGCAUUAGGGCUCCUGGAGAUAGUCCUAACACAGAUGGGAUCAAGAUAGGUUCAUCGAACCACAUGAAGAUCCACCACGUCGACAUCGGAACAGGGGACGACUGCAUCGCAAUCUUGGCCGGAACCACCGAUUUGGAUAUCUACAGGGUCACGUGUGGACCAGGUCAUGGGAUCAGCGUUGGAAGCCUUGGGAGGUAUAAAAACGAGAAGAGCGUUCAGGGUUUAAUCGUUAGGGAUUCCAUCUUUAGAGGUACAACUAAUGGCGUACGGAUCAAGACAUGGGCUCCUUCUGCUUCACGGAACUUAAUUUCGAAUUUUCUUUUCAAGAACCUCCAGAUGAUCAAUGUCGAAAACCCCAUCAACAUUGAUCAACAAUACUGUCCAAACAACCAGUGUCGCAAAACGUCUCAUUCUCAAGUUCAGAUACAGAACGUCAAGUUCAAAAACAUCUGGGGGACUUCGACGAGCAAAGUGGCCGUGAAGUUGCAAUGUAGCAAGAUGGCUCCUUGCACAGACGUUGAGCUCUUCGGAGUUAACCUAGUGCACCGUGGACCCGAUGGUCCAGCCACUGCUUGGUGUGAGAAUGUUGCUGGUUGGACACGUGGCAAUAUCUUUCCUCCGUCAUGCAUCCAUUGA